CCAGGCUCCUGUCCUGUGGCAGAAGGGCACUGGAGCAUCACUGGGUGACUCUCUCCUCACCGCCUGAGGUCAGUGCCCUUCUACGGCACCCCUUCUCAUGGGCCACUCAACUUCAGCUUCUCAUAUCCAGCUAUGGCUUCUCAUGGUCCCCCACUGCUUAUACCAGUGGGCCUAUGCUCAGAGAAUGGAAUGAGGACCAGUUGUAGGGUCCAGGAUCAUCCUUUCACUCUUGUCCCCCAAUCCCUACACAUCAGACUCACAUGAAAAGCCAAGACCCAGCUGUCCAAGGCUCUCUUUUCAUGCUUCAGCAAGCCUGAGUCCCAUGACCUCCCAGCAGCCCAACUCUUAUCUUGGUUCCACUCUGAGGUAGAGUCCUGUCUCCUCUCCCUCCCAUCUCCUAAUCCCAUUUCCCAAAAGACUGUGUCUCAGAAGCCCCAAGCAGCCUUACCUCCUGACCCAAGAGCUGGAGAUACUGGCACUCCCGUGGGGGAGCUUCAUGAUUCAUCCUCCAAACCUAGUUCCAUCUUCCUGGCUCCUCCCUGGAGGAGAUGGGAGAUGGCUCCCCAUCUCCUCCCUGGCUCCCUGGCUUUGUCCCCAGCAAUUCCAUCCCUGUGAUUCCAGAGACCACAGACCUCGGACACUUGGUCUUGUUCUUCAUGUUUGAUCGGUGUGUGGACUGGGUCACCAGUGCUGGUCUUUCUGCCUCCAUAGACACUGGCACGACCCUGAUAGUGAGUGCAUGCCUCUUCUGGCUUUGCAUCCCAGGUGCCUUACUACCUUCCCCUAGUGCUGGCCCUGCUGCAGCCCCAGCUCCAUUUGUCCCAUCAUCUACCAGACUGGUGCAUUUGUAUAGCUCUGUUGCUGCCGGUGCCAGUUCUAGGCUGCUUGCUCCCUCUCCUCCCUGGGAAGUGCCCUCUCCUCUUUUAGGGCCAGUGCUCCAGCUGGUGUUCAAGUCCUCAGCCUGGUUCUGAGACGUUUCUGCACACAAGGCCGGAGGGUGCUGUCAGCAUAGUUCCUGAGGCAUGGCUUACGCGGGGCCGAACACAGCCGGACUGAGUGGAGCUUCAAGAAUGGGGAUUCUGAAAAAGAGGGCUCCUCAGGGCUUCUCGAGAGCCAGCUCGAGAGAGGAGGAAGUGGUCACAGAUAAAUAGAGCCAGGCACACCAGCUCUUGACACAUCCGUCAAGACCAUGAAACAGAACUGGACACCAGAUCCCAGCCCUUUGCGGGUCCUGCUUUUGUGUGUGCACAUGUUCUGUCACCUGGCUGGAGCCACACCUGUACCUCAGGCCACUGCCGCUGCCUCAGCUGGGAUCACAAAGGACUCCUGCCCCUCCUGGCUCCUGACAGCUAAGCAGUGCCCAGCACUGGAGGUGACCGGGCCAGAAGUGGAAGUCCCACUGAAUGGAAUGCUGACCUUGUCCUGUACUGCCUGCAGCCGCUACCCCUUCAGCAUCCUCUUCUGGAUGGGCAAUGGCUCCUUCAUCGAGCACCUCCCAGGUCGGCUGAGGGAGGGCAGCACCAGCAGGGAGUCCAGGGGUGAACACACCCAGCUGCGGAGGACUCUGGUGCUAGAGGAGCUGAGCCCCACCCUGCGCAACACCGACUUCUCUUGUGUCUUUGCUGAUCCCGCGCACACUGCCCAGGAGCAUGUUGUCCUGGCCCAGCUCUGGGCUGGGCUGGAGACUGUGGCACGUUCUACCCAAGAAGCCCCUCCAGCCCCCUCCCGCCUCAUCACGACGGAGAAAUUCUGAAGCCUAAUUGAGUCGUCACAUCGUCACUGAGGUCUCCAUGCUCUCAUAGCUCAGGCCUCCUCCGGCAUUGCCUUCAUGUUGUAUUCUUCCUUUUUCCUUCUAAUGCACUGUCCCCACUAAGGGACAGGGGUGAACGCUGUGUCUGGUCCCCAGCUGUGUCUCUGUCACACCCAGCAGGGCCCACAGGGACAUGCAUAAAUGGUUUGUCAAUGAA